AUGGCCCCAAUUGAACUGGCCAGUCGCUCAGGAGGCGCCAUGACGAGUCUCCUGCGAGGCGCAGUGCGCAGCUCCGGCUCCGGAGCACACGCAUCGUCACCGGCAUCACCAGCGCUGUCCGGCCUGCUCACCCAACGCCGGCGCUUUUCAAGCGUCAAAUCACUGCCGCCAACCUACGAGAAGCUCUUCACCAAGUACACCGACGUGCGCAGGGUCCUGGGCUCGCAGCGCCUGACGCUGGCCGAAAAGAUCCUCUACAGCCACCUCGACAACGUGGAGGAGUCGCUGCUCACAAACACCUCCAACGGGCGCCAUGUCCGCGGCACGGCCAACCUGCGUCUCAAGCCGGACCGCGUCAACAUGCAGGAUGCGUCUGCGCAAAUGGCACUGCUGCAGUUCAUGUCGUGCAAUCUCGAGCGGCCCGCCAUCCCGGCCAGCAUCCACUGCGACCACUUGAUCGUGGGUUCCAAGGGCGCCGGCGAUGACCUCGAGGCCGGCAUUGCUGCCAACAAGGAGGUAUUUGACUUUCUGGAGAGCGCGGCCAAGAAGUACGGCAUGGACUUUUGGCCGCCCGGAGCCGGCAUCAUUCACCAGACCGUCCUGGAGAACUACGCCUUGCCCGGGCUGAUGAUGCUGGGGACCGACAGCCAUUCGCCCAAUGCGGGCGGCUUGUGUACCGUGACGAUUGGCGUGGGCGGCGCCGAUGCCGUCGAGGCCUUGGUGGGCGCGCCGUGGGAGCUCAAGGCCCCCAGGAUCCUGGGCGUCGAGCUGACCGGCAAGCUGGGCGAUUGGGCGUCGCCAAAGGAUGUUAUUUUGAGACUGGCCGGCGAGCUGACCGUUCGCGGCGGGACGGGCUACAUCAUCGAGUACUUUGGCGACGGUGUUGAGACGUUGAGCCUUACGGGCCAGUCGACCAUCUGCAACAUGGGAGCCGAGGUUGGCGCCACGACCUCAAUCUUCCCGUAUACGCAGGCCUCUGCUCGUUAUCUCCAGGCGACCCGUCGUGCUCGGGCCGUCGACAAUGUCAAUGCUCUCCAGAGCUUCCCCGAUGCGGGAGCCCCCGAAGACGCUCGCUUCCAGUUCAAGGCCGACGCUGGUGCCGAGUACGACCAGGUCAUCAAGAUCGACCUCUCCGAGCUGGAGCCUCACAUCAACGGGCCCUUCACGCCCGAUCUCGCCACCCCGCUGAGCAAGUUCAAGGACGUCGUCAAGGACCAGCAGUGGCCGGAGAAGCUGUCCGCCGGCCUGAUUGGCAGCUGCACCAACAGCUCCUACGAGGACAUGACCCGUGUAGAGAGCUUGCUCAAGGAGGCUGCCGAGGCUGGUCUCAAGCCCGCCGCCGACUUCUACAUCACCCCCGGCAGCGAGCAGAUUCGAGCCACCCUCGAGCGCGACGGAACGCUCGACACCUUUGAGGGAGCGGGCGGCAUCUUGCUGUCCAACGCCUGCGGCCCCUGCAUCGGCCAGUGGAAGCGGCAGGACGGCGUCGAAAAGGGCACCUCCAACGCCAUUCUGUCCUCGUACAACCGCAACUUCCGCGGCCGCAACGACGGAAACCCCGAGACCAUGAACUUCCUGGCCUCGCCCGAAAUCGUCACCGCCAUGGCCUUUGCCGGCUCAACCACCUUCAACCCCGUCACCGACACCCUCGAAACCCCGUCCGGCAGGCCCUUCAAAUUCUCCCCGCCCCACGGCCUCGAGGGUCCCCAGACGCCCUUCGAAUCCGGCGUCCCCUCCCUCGGCGUGCUCUCCCAAGACGCCGACCCGUCCGUGCAAAUCGCCAUCUCCCCGUCCUCCGACCGCCUUGCCUUCCUCGAGCCCUUCGCCCCCUUUCCGCGGUCCGACCUCGCCGGACUCAAGGUCCUCGUCAAGGUAACCGGCAAGUGCACCACCGACACCAUCUCCGCCGCCGGCCCCUGGCUCAAAUACAAGGGCCACCUGCCCAACAUCUCCACCAACACGCUCAACACGGCCGUCAACGCUGAAACCGGCGAGGUCAACGCCGCCUACGAUCUCGACGGCUCCAAGCACACCAUCCCCGAGCUGGCGGAGCUCUGGAAGACCCGCGGGCAGGAAUGGCUCGUCGUGGCCGAGCACAACUACGGCGAGGGGUCGGCGCGAGAGCACGCCGCCUUGCAGCCGCGCUAUCUCGGCGCCAGGGUCGUCCUGACAAAGAGCUUUGCCAGAAUUCACGAGACCAACCUGAAGAAGCAGGGCGUCGUUCCGCUGACGUUUGCCAACGAGGCCGACUACGACAAGAUUGCGGCGGGGGACGAGGUUGCCACCAUUGGGUUGUAUGACAUGUUGCAGAAUGAGGGCAAGGGCGAUGUGCAGCUCAAGGUGAAGAAGAGCAGCGGCGAGGAAAUUUUAAUCCCGACCAAUCAUGCGGUUACCAAGGAUCAGGCCGGGUUCAUUUUGGCUGGUAGUGCAUUGAACUUGCUCUCAAAGGGAAUUUAA